AUGCAAGAUACAAGUCAUAACCAUGUAAAACCACAAAAAAAUGUCUAUAUUUAUAUUUUAUGUCAUAUUUUUACACAUAGCAGAAGCAGCAGCCUGCUACGUACUCUUUACGCUAGUCGGCUAGUGAUGGCUGCUGCGCAUGCAUGCUUCUCCUUCUCCUCCUUCGCGCCAUUGCUCCAUUCGGCUUUGCCGGUGGCCAGAAGUGGUGGCCAGAGUGGCCGAAACAGUGGCUUCUUUCGCCCUUCGCCGGUGAUAUAUCCCGGGCGGGAGCCUGUGUCCCAUGAGCUGUCCGAUGAUUUUGACUUCCAGACUUUGUUCUUUUUAAAAAGAAGUUUGCUCUAUGUGCAAUACCGGGAAAGCCUAUUGAAUGUUCAAGCGUUGCUUCAUCAACAUCCGAAAAGCAACAAAGGAAUGUUGAGCACGGUUGAUCACCUCAAACGCCUCUGCAUUGACCACUAUUUCCAGGAUGAAAUCGAUAACAUAAUGGAGUCGUCUGUGGAUCUCCUCCAUGGUGAUGAUCUACUUGACGCAACCCUUUCCUUAAGGCUGAUGAGAGAAGUUGGAUAUUAUGUUUCGGCAGACGAUGUUCUUCAGAAGUUCACAAAUGAUAAUGGUGAUUUCAACCUUAGGCAUAGCAAAGACCUUAGAGGGUUGCUGAGCUUGCAUGACAUGUCACACCUCAACAUGGGAGAAGCUUCACUCUACAAGGCAAAGGAAUUCUCAAGCAAGCACCUGAAAUUUUCACUUAAGUAUUUGGAGCCAAACCUUGCGAGAUAUGUGAUGAAGUCACUAGACCAUCCCUACCAUGUGAGCCUGAAGCAAUACAAGGCUAGGCAUCAUUUGAGUUACCUCCAGAACUUGCCUACCAUGCACACUGCAAUUGAGAAGCUAGCACUUGUAGAAUUUCAGAUGAAGAAGUUGCAACAUCAAAGUGGAAUGCAAGAGGUUAAGAGAUGGUGGGUGGAUUUGGGAUUGUCUCAAGAAAUUCCAGCUGCAAGGGACCAAGUUCUGAAAUGGUACAUGUGGUCCAUGACUAUCCUCGAGGGUUUCUCCUUCUCAAGAUAUCGGGUUGAUGCCACAAAGGUUAUCUCAAUGGUCUACAUUGUGGAUGACAUCUUUGAUCUUGUCGCCACACAGGAGGAGCUCUCUCUCUCUUUAAUGAGUGCAUAUUAUCUUGCAGCUGCUGAGUCACUGCCGAGUUACAUGAUAUCAUGUUACAAGGCUCUUUACACCAUCACAAAUGAUAUCGUUGAUAUGGUCAUAAAAGAGCGUGGACUGAAUCCUAUCAAUCAUCUCAAGCAAGCAUGGGCAACUUUGUUUGAUGGAUUCAUGAUCGAGGGAAAAUGGCUAUCUACUAAUCAGGUUCCUACAUCGGAGGACUACCUAAGAAAUGGUGUCAUCACUUCGGGAGCACCACUUUUAUUUAUGCAUCUUUUAUUCAUGCUUGGGCAUGAUUUAACAGAGGACAACAACGACCACAUCCUUAGGGUCAUCUCCUGCCCUGCAAAGAUCAUGAGGCUCUGGGAUAACAUGGGGAGUGCGAAGGAUGAGUUGCAGGAAGGGCUCGACGGAUCAUACAAGGAUUUGUACCAGAGAGAAAACCCUCAUGCUGAUGCGGAGAAGCACAUGUUGGAUAUGAUAGCGGGUGAAUGGGAGGAUCUAAACAGGGAAUGCUUCUCUCAGACAAAGUCCACACUACCACCUAGCUUCAUCGGGGCGUCUCUCAACUUUGCAAGGAUGGUCAGCAUCAUGUAUGGCUAUGACGAUGAGCAGAGGCUCCCCGCCCUGGAGGAUUACACUAGGAUGUUGCUCUUUUGGAUAAUGCAUGCUACUGUUGUGUAUGAGAAGAAGAUUGGUCCAGUUUAUGAGGAAAACCAGACCCAAAACCAUACAAACAUCGCCUUUUGGCAAACAACACACACACAUCCACACGACCCAGAGAUCCCUCUGACCGGAUCCACCUCCAGGACAAUGCCCCCAAGAGGAACGUGA